AUGUUUUAUAUUAUUUCUGUAGCGGAGAUAGACCUUUUUGAGGUUUUUGGCAUCAAUUCCAACACGGAAGGCGUAAAUCAAGUUCAGGGCCUUAUUAGAGAGACUGGUAAUGCUUUCAAAAUCGGAAAACACUUGCCUAGAAUGGAAUUGUCGAGGCAAGUCUUAGACACAAUCAGACGAAUGUUGAUCAAAGAAAGACAAAUUGUUGUCGUUGCAAACUUGAAGGUCAAAGAUUUUUCACAUGGAACACUUUUCUCGAUGGACGCCAAGAUCUCAGGUACGUUUUUUAUCGUCAUUCCUUUUUUGUAAUUUGACAGGCUUUAAAUAUCUACAGUUUAGCUCUGUUGGUUCUUCCAUCAACCUUAUCAAUCGCCUUCAGCUAGUGGGCGCGCUUUUCGUGUUGUUCGUGUUGCUCGGAAAUUCGACGGAAUAAAGUAAUUUUUAAACAAUACGUCCGUUGUAUACUUCAUGCUCCCUAACAAUUAAAUUUUGGCAGAGUUCAUAGGAUUCUAUAUGGGUAGAAAUUUCAGUUUGACUGAGUUUUCGCUCGAAAGAAAUAAAAAAGAAAAGAAUUUAUUAAAUAAAAAUAACGGAAUAGAAGAGAGACCAAAAUAUAAUUCGUAGCCAAUUUUUAGAAAAAAAAUUAGUGAAAUUAGCUCCUGUAAUUUAAGUUUUAAAAAGCUGUGUAACUUGUGAUACCAUUGUAUGUAGUGUUGGUAUUGUGAUGUAAAUAGUGUUAGUGUUUUUAAUGUAAGUACCAGAAAUGUAAGUGAAGUAUCAUUGUAAUUAAUGCAUCUACUGUAACGUAAGUAGUGUCUUUUUUGUAACUCUGCAAGGAGUUUUUUGUUUUGUUUUUUCCGUUUUUGUUCUGUUUUGUUUUUCUUUUGUAAUUAAAUAAUUUUAAAAAAGAUCAGUUUUACAGUUAUAUAUCUAGAAAUAUUGAAGAAGAGGAGGAGGAAUUUUAAAUAGCUUGUUCACUUCACCACAAAGUAAACAGGGGAAAAAAUAGUAGCUAUUGCAUCAUUUUUUCUCUUCAAUAAAUGGGAGUGCUGUAAAAGAAAAAAAUAUCCCCAAAGGUUUCAUAGACAAUAAGCUCACUGAUUCAAUUGCCUAUUUAGGGAAAACUUUACUUUCCGUAUGGAUAAGCUGUUAUCGGACUUGUCGGCUGGGCAUUACCUACCAAACAUCAGAGUUGAAAAUCCGGGAGGCUUCAUUUCACCAUAUCGGAGCGUUAUCUGAUGGUAAAUGGCACAAAAUCGCAUUGCACAUUUUCCCGCACAGUCAUCCCAAGAAAACACUUGCGGGUCUGUACGUGGAUUGCAAGAUGCGGGGUCGAAGACAGCUGUUAACGCAGAUAGAGGAAUUUUUCCCAUCUUCCUCAAAAAUUUCUCAGGAUAUCGUGUUCCUAUUUGGGAGGAGAAGUGGAAAGACAGACAGUGCAAUGCUAACUUGGAAGGUAUGGACAAUUAUGGUGCAGUGCAUGAUAGAGAGGGUACAAAUUUAGCGUGAAGCACUAAAGAUACAAUCGCAGUAGACACUGUUAGCGCCCUGGAAUCCGUAAUGGUAAGCUCGGAUUCGAGCCUUGGGUUCAUGAAUGAAAAAAAACAAACAAACUAACUUUUCGGUAACUACCAGUACUUUGGAAAAACGACCUCGCGUCAGUUUCUCUUUUUUUCGUUUUUUCUCGAACAGGACAGUGCUGCCUCAAUUAAUUGAGGAUUGAUUUUUCAAUGAAUUAAUGACACAUUCCACUUGAAGGAAUGAAAGGCUGACGAUCAUUUGUUUUUCUUUUUUCAAGGGAAGCCUUCAAAACGUCAAGUUUGUGUUUGACAAGCAAGUGGAAGAGUUGAUGAACAGCACAAGCUGUCUGCCUCCCAGUCCGUCUGAUUUGUUAGAGGGUGAAGGGGAACUCUUUUCUGCUGGUAAUUUGUACAUCAGUAACGUUCCUAACACAUUUCGUAUGUCUGCUGAUAUCCGUUCUUUUCAAUUCAUAACAACGGCUUUCUCUGGCUCAAACUUGGGACAAAGAGAAAAAUCUUAGACUUUUGGAUUCCGCUCUCCGGUGCUCUCCCACAAUCUUUAUAUGAGAGCUCUAUGGUGAGUUAGGCCAGUAAUAUAAUGAGUUCAUAGGCGACAUGUACGUUUCCUGCAUAGCUCUAGGAUCAUAAAUUUUAAAAGCAUCAUGUUAGUAACAAGAAUAAGAGGAAGGGUAGAUCUUGGGGUCGGUCGUUGAGCGCAGGAAGACGGAUUUAUUUUGUCAAGAACAUGAAACGAAGACAAAUUCUGAAUCUCCCACAAGGAAUCCACGUGAUUGACAGAUUUCUUUCCUGUUAGGUUCCUUGUACUCUCCCCAGAUACGAGGCCAGCCUAGGACGCCAUCGCUGGCAGCCCCGGGGGCGCCUUCCUUGCAGUAUUCCACUCAAGAUUUGAUGAUGGUCCUGGUCAAUAUGCAGAAAGAGGCACAGAGACGAGAGGAGAGUCUGCAGAGAUCACUGCUGCAUGUGAAGGAGAGAUUGCAGUCCCAAGUAAGCCAAGAACAUUUCUAAAUUAUCAUUUGAAGCUUUAGUUCUAUAAGAGAAGAGAGGGGAAGUUAUGGACAGCUCAAGAUUGAACAGAAUUGCGUUCCUUUCAAGGAUUUGGAAUUUACAACACAAAGUGGCUUAGGUUAAACCUUAGAUUUACUUGAGUUAUGCUGUUUGUCCCAUUUGUCUUUCAGUCUGACGACCUGACGUCAAUUAAGAAAACUCUUGAAAGCGGUGUUUGCUCCAGAAGGGCUUUCUCGCCAGGAAGAGAAAAUGGUAAUGAUGAAGCUUAACGACUAAAUUUAAAUAGAUAACCAAUUCGGUAAACCUUAAGCAAAAAGAGUCGGUUUUUACAUCCUUAUACUUGAGAUCAAUUCUUAAUAUUCGUUACGAGGAAAUCUGCCUCAAAACUUUGAAUUUUUUUAAGUUGCACUACGAUUGCCUUUCAUACAUAAUAGUGUUGUUGAGUUUAGAUUGACGUUUUGCUGAUUUCUCUUUCUUGAUUUUGGUUUCAUAUUUCAGUGGACAAGUGUUCCUUGAAGCCUUGUUUCCCGUUUGUCGAAUGUGUGAAUACGCCUGAUGACGGGCUUGGGUUCAAGUGUGGCGAGUGUCCGCCGGGAUACACUGGGGACGGGAUGAGAUGUGAUGACGUUGAUGAGGUAAAUAAACAAAGAUGAGAUACGAUAAAAUAGGGUAGGAGAGGAUAAAGGGAAGAGAAGAGAUAAGACGAGAUGAGAAGAGAAAACAUGAAGAGAAACCUUGUUUAUAUAGCAAGUCUGAUAACGAUCAAUCAAGUAGGGUUUUAUCCGUUUUAUUGUUCGAUACUCGCUGAGCAAACACAACAACGUUAGCAUGUUAGCCUCAGACUGAUGGAAAACUUCAAACAUGAUUCAAAAUGAGCUGCAGAUCUCUUUGUGGUUAAAACUGUUUGGAGGCAUUAUAUAAUAAGAAGUUCGUCUCCUCCUCGGGCGUUCUACCAAAAAUGUUUCGUUCUUUUAAACUUUUACACGGGUCCUUAUUAAUUCAUAGUGUGUUACUAAAGCAGACCAAAAGGAAACACGGGAACAACCUUGAAUAACUCCUGGCCAUUGUCCUUGAGACACAUAAUUGAGUGAAUCGAAAACUCGGGACACCUAGGUUUUUUCUGACCAAACUUGUCUGAACCAUGAUUAAAAUUUGUUUUAUUACUGUUUCUUGGGUCACUGUGAGGAGUUCAAAGAAUUUCAUCCCGAAUCUGAAAGAGCAUGGGGUAAAUGCUAGUUUACACGAGAAGGGUCUGGUAUAGCGCGUAUCGAGGCAACAAUCUUUAUGGAAUAGCUCGCGGUACUUAUAACAGUGGUUCUUUCUCUUCUUUUUAACGUAUUUUUGCAUCUGAUACAAUAUUUACGAGAACAUAAACAAUAUCAUUACCCUAAAAGUAUUCUUACAAAGCCGAUUGAUUGGUCCAAAGACAUAUCCGUAAAAAAAUGUAUCAAAUCAACACAAAGGAUAGCUUUUCUUCUUUUGGAUCACAAAGCAGAAAUAAAUUUACUUUUCUCGUUGACCCAGAGAGCUUGCUUUUUGCUUUUUCUCCAGUCAAAUAAAUCCAUUCCUAUGUUAUGGAAUGUCACGUUUUUCUGUAUACUUUUCUUUUUUUGUGGAUUUUGCUACAAAAUCUCGAAAUUAAUGUUCUCUCUCGCAGUGGACAGUGUUGCAGCUAGAAAUUGUGGAACGUUUUUUUAAUUAAGUUUUCGUAUACAUAAAAGUACAACAGAGGACGAAUUGUCCAAUUGAGAUCUCGUUAUCUUUAGAGAAGCAGCUUUAUGUGGAUUAGGUUUAAGGUUCUUCUGUUGCAUCUAAAAUAGAUAAUAAUCAACAAAAGUAUGCAGAUAUUUUUAAAAUAACUUGCAAAUUUUUUUAAAUGAACAUACUUUUUUGCCAUCGCAUUGAACGUAAUACCGAGAAAAAGGUCGAUUGAAUCAGAAAAGAUGUUGGCCUAUACUUAGGAAAGACAGCCUUAAAAGGUAUGACCGCUUCACCGAUGAAUUUCAAUUUGCCUUACCAAAUCUCAUCAUCAACGAAGUUGUCAUCUUCGCCUAUUCCAUAUUUGAUGUGCUGGCAAAUCGUCGGUACAUGCCGUAAAACCAAGACAUUAAAAUGAGUCUGAAUUUGAAGUAUUCCGGACACUCUAUGAAUAACUAGAGGACUGUCAAACCUGCACAAGCUGUAUCCCCCUUCCUUACGAUAAACAGCUUUUCCCGUUGAGAAGGGUAUAAAUCGGUCAUUGUUUAGUAAACUGACCCCGUUGUGCUGCAUUAAAGCGCCGAAACAUGCGUCUUCGUUGGGGAAUAACUUCACAACUUUUAAAGCGGUGGAAAGAUUUUUCAGCAGAUUUCCACUAAACACAUAGCCUGCCCCGGCUGCGUACGGGGGAUACGUCGGCCGGGGAUAGUCUUUUUCCGACACAUAAAACUUGCUCUCUUUAUCCCGAUAGGGUUCCUUAGCAAGGAGAGCAGCCCCCACGUAUAGAGGAGUAUUUCUUGAGUACAUGCGGUCGUAUUUCUUGAGCAAUUUAAUAACCUCAAGUAUGUUGACGAACGAGUCUUCAUCUGCCUUCAAAAUGUACCUUGCCUGACAGUGUUUAGAUGCCCAUUCAACUCCAAAAGCCAUUUUUCUUGAUAAAUUUCGGUACGAAUCGAUGAAGUUUCCAAAUACCAAAUCUUUGUGGUGAUUUGCCUCGACCUCAAGCAGCUCAUCUAAGCGUUUAUUCUGCGUAUGUCCAAUGAGGAAAACCGUUUUCCACAAACUAAAGAGAGAAAGACAAGGAAAAAUAAGGCAAAGUCAGGAGCAAAUCUCAGAUACAAUUUUUAUUUUCUCCUGUUCAUUUUGUUAUCAUAUUUUUUUGGUACAUGCAGAAUGGCCCUUUUCCUCGAUUGCCAUAAUCCAGAGUUUGUACGUACAGGGCCUAAAAUGGCUUCACGUGACAAUGUCUGAGCAAAAGAAAACAGAUUUGGCCAAGAGAAUAUGAUAUUCUGUUGAUUUGGAGGGUUUGGUUGUUCAAUUGUAAGAAAUUUAUCUAUUCAUUUUAACUAAAGACACUGGAGGCGAGAUGACCGAAAUAUUGACAGAUAUUGCAAUUAAAUGAAGAAGACUCAAAUUAAAGUUUCAACGCAAUCUGGGGGAAUGUUAAACUACCAACUCAUUACUAGUGAAGAUGCGUAUUAGAUGAAACACGAACGAAAAAUUGAAACUUUUGUUUACGCACUCGUGUAAAUUGAAAAUUGAUUAUAAAUGAGCUGGUACUUUGUAAUAAAUUACCCUCAUCAAGUAACGCAAAGUAAUUAAAUGUUAAAGCACGGAAUCUGAAAGUAAUUUGUAAAAAGUUGUCUAAGCCAAAAUUUCAUGUAGAUUUCUACCGGACAAAUUACAAUCUUUUCAUCGACUCGCCUGACCCCGCAUUUACUGGAUUUCUACUAACCUUGGGUUUAACUGCUCCCCUACGUUUGCUGCAUUGAUAGCAUUUUGCGGUCGCCCCCAACUAAGACGUAUGGCUUCUCUUUCCAUGAAGUUCUGCGGCGUUGUAUGAACCUCGAUCAAGAGGAACGGUGUGGGCUGACAAUCAGGAAAGGCGAUGGAAUUUCUCCUAUAUCUGCCUUGCUUCUUAUGAAAUGCAGCUUUCUGAUAAGUUUUACCGACAGUUUCUUCCUUAGCUUCAUAUCGUCUGAAUGUUUCUUUGAUCUCUACUCGCAGAGCUUUCAGAAAAUUAUAGCUACUCGGCGCUUUUUCAUGAAUUAAGACAGUUACAGUUUGGUUGCCUUUUUUGACUAGUGAUUUUUCAUGGUGUUGAUAAACCAACACGAAAACAUUCCCAACUGCAAUCAGGAAGACUAGAAACGGUAGAAUUAUGAGUUUUCGCUUGAACGCAAGUCUCAUGGUGAUAGGUACCAAAUAAAACGCCGAAAUGCCAAAAGAAAAUCGAAGUAUCAGUAUUAUGAAUUUAAAGACGAACUUCUUUGAACCUUUAAAGCGCUAAAAAUUGCCUUUAAAAGCUUAACCAAAGCAAACAUUAUGACAAAUAUAAUUGGCAGAUAACUAAGGAAUUACUCUAGGAGCAAAAUGUUACCAUGGAAAUUUGUGACGGUUUAACGACCCUCUUGUUAAUUUGCAAAAAAAUAUUGUCUCCAAUUUGUCAAUGAUCUUGUUUCGUUUAAAACCGAUCUAUGUCAAAUUAUUUCAAGCGUAUAAUAGCGCCUUUUUCUCGCUUCGAUUCUCUCUCUAUUGUAUCAAAUCGCUGAUGGAGCAGACUGAAUUAGCUUCACCUGUCGAGUAAAGCUGCCACAAAAAUAUCAUUAUAGAUACAUGUACAGUAGCAAACGAUGAAAGAUCUCAAAGAAGAUUAAUAACUCGGAAGAAAGUAGCUAUGUAAGGAUAUCUUUUCUAGUCUCACACAUCAUUGUUAUGUCAUUAGGAUGGAGUGGGAGUUAAAUUAUUUUGUGUGUUUGUCACGUUUCGCUUUGUUUCGUUCUUUGUGGUUAUUAUUUGUUUAACGUUACACCACAACUCUCCUUGCCUGAGCUAACAUUCAACCAGGUUAUUACACAAUUUCAGUUAAGCCGAAAAAGGUUCAUGUUCUCAGCUGAUACCGGAAGUAUUUAUAAAAUAACUGAGAUGUUAAACCUAUCGUUUAUUAGUAAAGUUAAAAUCACUUCAGGCAUAGACUUUUUAAAAUUUAUCUCGGUUUACCGGUGUAAUUACCCACGCAGGAUAUCGGGAGAAAAGGUUAAAAUAUUGUAAAUCACGAGCUGGAGCGAGUGAUCUACAAUUUGCAAUCUUUUCUCGUGUUUUUCCAUCCCGCGUGGGUUAUUAAGCCGGUGAACCGAGAGGAAGUGCGGUGUAUUGCCUAAAUGAAACUAUUUGGAAAAGAUAACGAAUCAGCGCGUCAGUUUCAGACCGAUUUUUCUCAGUUAUCACUUGACGACUAAGCGUAUCCUUGUAGAUGAUGUCUUAGGGACUUUUCGCGCGGUGCGCGGUGAUGCAAAAUCAGGUAGUCUGCUGAAUAGGCGCUAAAUUUUUUGCGUUCACAGGUGAGAGGCUUGACUUUCCCUAUGCUCUCUCCUCGCUUUCGCUAAGCGCUACCUUUCCUCCAAUUGCCUGAAAAAAAAGAAUUUUAUUCGCUGUUAUGCACGCUUUAACCUAGGAUGUGUUACGAGUAUACCCGCCGUAGAGGAAGAAAUUUCAUUCUCAUUUUGUCGUUCUGUUUUCUCGUCAGUGUUUAUAUUCGCCCUGUUCACCGCAUGCCACUUGCACCAAUCUCCAGCCGGGGUUUAAGUGCAGUGCAUGCCCUAAAGGAUUUCUGGGUAAUUCUACCGUGGGCAUCGGCCGGGACUUUGCUGAACACAUCAAACAGGUAAACUCAAUUUUCCAUUUUUAGCAAAUUUUAUUCCCGAGCGACAAGGUUCGUAAACUCCAAUUUACUACGGCUGACAAUUUAGUGUUAAUCCUCUUUGAAUUUUUUACCUCCAGCUUUGUCACGACGUAGAUGAAUGCAAUGACGGUAGAAAUGGCGGUUGCUCUGUUUUUUCCACAUGCAUUAAUACACAAGUAAGUUAUUAAUAUUGAUAACGUUUAAAAAAAAAUUACGCGCCUCUGAUUGGCUGAAAACGUGGGCAUUCCCAUAUAACACGAGUGCAAAGUUGUAACACGAGUGCAAUUACAAAUAGCGCGCACUCGCUUUCAAAAUUUCGUCUGUCGAGACUCUCUAUGAUGUUUUUUCAUAUACAGUAUUAACAAGUAUUCACAUGAUUUCUCUUGCAAUUUGGUGUAAUAAGCACUUGUAAAUUUUUUCAAAGACUAUAAAUCGCACUUGCCCCACGGGCUCGUGCAAUUUUGUUGCCUUUGAAAAAUUUACUUGUGCUUAUUUACAACGAAUUGCACUCGAAAUCAUGUUAUUACCUAAAGUAUACAAACAUUGUCAUAACCAUCAUCAUCUAAACUAUACUGAAUUAUUACGGUCAUUAUCAAUGUCAUUACCAUUAUUAUUUUUAUUAUUGCCAUCAUCAUCAUUAUCAUCAUUAAUACUUCUUUCUAACUGAGUACGAAGUCCCUAUUGUAUGUUACGGAUCACGUGGGCGGAAAAUAACGAAGCUCCGUAACAUACUGCACGAACGAGAAAACGAUGCUAGUAAGAUAUUCUUUCUAUCUCUGAAUUCAAGCAGGGGAGGGGGGAAGCUUUUAAUUUAAGCUAACUUUUAAAAUUAGCAGCAAGGCCCGCUAAAUUGACCAAUCAUAGCGCACAUGCUAAUUGAGAGAUAUAAUAAUUAUUGUUAUUACCAUUAUCACCAGCAAAACAGUGAUGAACUGAAAGUCUGUUUUUUCCUUUCAGGGAUAGAUCUAACCUGGAAAAUGAAUAAAUAGAUAGAUGAAUGAGUAGAUAUACGAAUAAGAGAGUGAAAUUCUCUUCUAACCUCUAAAAUUGUAAUUUUAAUGAGGGACACUUUUUCUUGCCUCAUGGUAAGUCCCUGCUUGGAGGCCCCAUUGUUCCGGGGUGAUAGCCUGAGUAAGAGAGUCGCAUUUUCUUCAUUAUCUCUCCGUAUGAGAUAAUUAACAGAUGACGCUCUUAAUUGAUGGACUUAAAUUUCAUUUUGCAGGGAAGCUAUUCUUGUGGUGCAUGUCGGGAUGGAUAUGUCGGAGAUCCUCACAGUGAAUGUGUUCGCGUCAAGUUUUGUUCAGGUGAUCCCAAAACAAAUCCUUGCGGCCGAGGAGCGGAAUGUAUACCAACCAAGGAAGGAGCAGCUUUUGAGUGCAGGGUAAGAGAAACUGUCUCAAAAUUUAUUUGUGAUUAUUUUUUUUCUCAUCCUGUUCUCAGUUUUUUGGUCCUUUCCUCACCCAUGCAUGUCUUACUUUGUUUCUAAGGAGGGAAAAGAAGGAGGAAUCCUGGUAACGAGUUAAGGUUCAAAACAUGUGCGGCGCAAAAUUAUGGAAAGAAAUCGUUUGUUGCGUUUGUUGCGUUUGUUUGUUUGUUUGUUUCUAAUUGUAUAUUGCUAUUUACCCAAAGACUUAAGUUAGUCAGGUAAAAAGUAUAAAAGCACAUUUUGUGAAAAAUUAUUGCUUUGGUUUGCUUGCGGUUACUCCCACCCAGGCUCAGUUGCGGUAUAUUUAUAGUAUGAUGGGCGAAACUGCGCUGACCUGGCCAUGUUCAUUGUUCUUCUCAUUACUUCUGUUAAUUUUAACAUCGGUCUUCCUUUUAACAGUGUAAACCUGGCCUGGCUGGAAAUGGAUUCGUGUGUGGUAAUGACCAGGAUAUGGACGGAAUUCCGGAUGAGAAGUUAAGCUGUACUGGAGAUCCUCGUUGUAUGAAGGUAAAACCACUCCGGCAAAAAAUGAAAACACUAAACCAUCGUUUCCUGUGGGAGCUUGUGACUGUCGUGGUUUACUUAGUCUAAAGCCCUGGACACGUUUUAUAGGAAAAUGUGUCUAUUCAUUCGGAAAAUUAUGACCUAUAACCUUCAAAGAAGCUUGUGGCUCAACAAUUCCCACUUUUAAAACUUGACCUUAAAAAUUAAUAAUCAAUCUUCGUUUAUUUCAUUCUUUUAGGACAACUGUAGAAAUGUUCCAAAUUCGGAACAAGAAGACGUGAACAAAAAUGGUGUGGGAGAUAUGUGUGAAUUGGACGUGGAUGGUGACAGAUUGGCAGAUUUUAGGGUAAUUGGUUAUGUGUCCAUGUUAGGGAAUAGUUCUUUAAGUCUCUCUAGUGCAGGAUUGACGAAGCUGACAACAUCUUCUAUUAAUUGCAAACGAUCGUGAGGAUGUUUUGGUGUAUGUGAAUGGGGGACCGUCGAGGCCAUCAAACUCAAAUAAUAAUCUUUUAAGACUCCAGAUUCCUUUUAGCCACACCCCAUUAUCCAGCACAGGCCCUGUUAGGCCAAGUGAAUGCAUGUCCCUUCCCCGUCUAAGGACUUUUGAAGCUGCAUUGACUACAAGGAUGAGUCCACUGUCUUUUAUACCAAUCAAACCGUUCUGAGCUCUAAUUUACUCCACUUUUCAGUGCUCGUUUUAUAAAGCAUCACUUCCUCAGUUUUCGUGGUCACCGGAGAAGAUAAAUCGUCCUUAAGUUUUGAGUUUUUACGUAAUCUGACUUUAUCACACUCGGGUAAUAGACAGUGAAUUGAACACAUUUAAUAUUUAUCACACUCGCGCUAAGAGACUGUGAAUCGAACACACUUAGUAUUUGUCACACUCGGGCUAAGAGACAGUGAAUUGAACACAUUUAGUACUUGUCACACUCGGGCUAAGAGACAGUGAUUGAACACAUUUAGUAUUUGUCACACUCGCGCUAAUAGACAGUGAAUUGAACACAUUUAUUAUUCUUGUAGGACAACUGCCCGCAUGUUUUCAAUAGAAAUCAGAGAGACACAGAUCGUGACGGGAUCGGGAAUGAUUGUGAUAACUGUCCAGACAUUCCGAACCGUGAACAAAACGACGCGGAUGGUGAUGGGAUAGGGGAUGCUUGUGACCCUGACAUAGAUGGAGAUGGUAAGCAGUGCCCGACCCCCUUCCCCAAUCAGACCUGUUGGUUUUUUUUUUUUUCUUUUACUUCCCGUCUGAAACCAAGAAAAAUUUAACGACAUGGUCGCAUUUUACCUCAAAAUGUACUCAUCUUGAAAUAUGUCUUUUUCCAUUAAGGUUGUGUCAAACAAAACUGUCUGUGUUUUCAGAAUCUAAAUUUGGACUUCUACCUAUUAAAAAUCUCUUAAUCCGCCCAACGUAACUUAUGUUUAGGGUGGGGUGCGAAAGUUUGAGAUCAGAUAAACAAGCAGGAUAUUUCAAAGCACUAAUCGACCUUCCUCUUUCUCUGUAGGCCUCAGAAAUAUCUUCGAUAAUUGUCCUGCGGUUCCAAACAGAAAGCAAGCAAAUAAGGAUGGUGACGCUUUCGGAGACGCGUGUGACAACUGCCCCUUCACACCCAAUAGUAAUCAAGUAUGAAGGCUGUUCGUCAGAGUUGAUACAUUUCUCCUGUUUACAUCUCUUUUUAUGCUCUUUCUUUAGUUACUUUCCCGUUCAUUUCCCAACUCCUAGUCGAAAGGAAAGGUCUGGAUUCCAAGCAAGGGUGGAACAUUUUGUUAGGCGUGAUACUUCUCAGCAUUAUACAAUGCCUUUCUCCAUUCAGCACCCAGAAGUAGAAAUGGGUACCAGCAAAAAUAUCAGGACAAUAUGAUGAAUUUAUGAAUUUGGUUUGAGGGGGGAAAAGCGGUCACCUUCGAUGAGCGAACAUUUCUUUCAGAAACACUACUGGUAACUUUAUGCUAAUGAAUCCCCAGCUAAAUCCGGAAUAAGUUCCUGCAGUACAGAGCCAGUUGUUCCUUUCUUUCUUUCAUCUCCCCCCCUUCCCCUCCCCCGUAUAUAUAUAUAUAUAUGCGUUGUCCUCGACAGUUUUUGUCAGCCUCCUACUUCAUCUUUUCAGUCUUUCACUCUUGCUCUUCAUCUAUGUUCUCCUUAACCUCUUGAGGCGUCUCUCUGUUUGAUUGACCAAAUUCAUUCCUUUGCCAGAUUGACAAAGAUAAUGACGGCUGGGGUGAUGCUUGUGACGUAGAUCGCGACUAGUAAGUAUAAUUAACCAAGAUUUGAAAUCCAAUUCUCGCAAUUAGUGAACGUGUACUUGUUUGAUGGCCAAUUAUGGGAUUUAGAAUUACUUCAAUUCAAUGUUCUAUAAAUUUCUUUAUUCUCAUUAACCCCCUUCUGUACACUGUAUUAGAAUGUUAUGGAGAAUGAAUGAAAUUAAAUUAAAUUAAAGGAAUUUUAGAUGUUAUCUAAAGUCUAUAAAUUGUUUUUGUUGUUGUCAAUGUUUUUAUCUAUUUAGAGGGAAGUUAUCACGGCCAAUGUAAACAAGUUCUCAAUAUACUCUUUCUUUCAGUGACAGUGACGGCAUAGGGGACAAGUUUGAUAAUUGUUUGAGUCAGGAAAACCCAGAUCAACUGGAUGCUGAUCAGGAUGGAAAUGGUAAGAAAGCAAUUCUCAAGUUUUUCAGAGGGUUUGAAAGGGAGGUGUAGCCAGAAAACAGAGUGUUUUUUGAAAAGGCUUAGUUAUUAGUUAUCAGGAAAGGCGCUUCGUUCCUUCGUUCCAACGAUCCUUCGUCCCUUUGUCCCUUCGUCUCUUCGUUCCUUCGUUUCUUUGUCCUUUUGUCCCCUCGUCCCCUCGUCCCUCGUCCCCUGGUCCCCUCGUCCCCUCGUCCCCUCGUCCCCUCGUCCCCUCGUCCCCUCGUCCCCGUCCCCCCGUCCCCCGUCCCCCGUCCCCGUCCCCUCGUCCCCGUCCCCUCGUCCCCUCGUCCCUCGUCCCCUCGUCCCCUCGUCCCUCGUCCCCGUCCCCUCGUCCCCUCGUCCCCUCGUCCCCUCGUCCCCUCGUCCCCUCGUCCCCUCGUCCCCUCGUCCCCUCGUCCCCUCGUCCCCUCGUCUCCUCGUCCCCUCCACUCCCCCACCCCUCCAACCUCCGUCACUUCGUCCCUCCGUCCCUCGUUCAUUUGUCCUUCGUUAAUUUAUGCGACAUACUAGACUAAGUGAUUGAACGUUUGCUUCUGCCUAAGGUGAUCCAUGCGAUAGCGAUGACGAUGGAGAUGGGGUACCUGAUUACAGGGACAACUGUCGACUGGUGUUUAAUGUCGAUCAAAAGCAAACCAAAAGUAAGUUAUAUCACAUGUACGUCCCUUUUAAACCUUUUUUGAUCAAACCUAAACUAAAGCAGUUACAGUACACAUUGAAAACACCGUAUUUGCAAAGCGAGCCAAUCACCAAGAAUUUGGAAACGGACGUCACUUGUGUCAAAAGCUGGAGAAUAUUUGAACGGUUUUUCCGGUAGACAUUUAUACUCUGGUGUGGAAUUGAACAAGGUGUCUUACUCAAAGACACAAGGCAAUGACCUGAUUAACCCCACUUCAGCGCUCCUACAUGCUGAGCUGCAUUGUCAUUCUGUUUCUAGGUGAUACAUACGGCGAUGCUUGUAUCGAAGACUUUGAUGGUGAUGGUGUGCACGAUAAAGAAGAUGCCUGUCCAGUCAACCCCAGAAUAACGCGAACGGACUUCUCUUUGUACCACACUCUGGCUAUUGACCCUGAAAGCACCAAACAAGAAAGGCCCAUCUGGAAAGUCAACAAAAAGGUAAUAUGACAUAAUCUUGUGAAGGAAAUUCUGGAGGAAGAUGGGAUCUGUGGCUGGGAGAAUUUAAAACGAAUGUUUGAAUUAUUCAAUGUAUUGUCCUCGAUUGAGAAGCGUGCAUCUAUUUGGUCAAAAAUUACGUCAUGUUUUUACCAUAACCGUCUCAUGCUCAACUCGUUCCCAGUCUCUUAUCUCUUCCUCGAGGGUGGAGAGGACCCUGGAAACGAGGUUGACCCCAGGUGAGGGAAUACAACACUGAGGCACCCUCUUUCAAAAAUGGCCUCUGCGUGAUUUUUUUUGAUAGAUUAACACAAAAUAAAGCUGUUGCCUUGAUAAUCACCUGAGGAUUUUUAUUGUAACUGCUAAAUCGUCUCUGACAUUUUGAUAAAUAUACCGGCUGUAGGUGAUCGCCUUUUAUGCCCGGUUUGUUAGCCCGUUUAUUAAUUUCCACAGAUUGUUUAUUUUUGUUUUGUUUGUCAGCUGCUCCCGUUUACCAGGUAACGAUGAAAAAAGAAAUAUACAGAGAGAAUUUAAGGCACUGACUGAAGUCUUACCCUUUUUUUCUUCAGGGCAAUGAAAUACAGCAAGCUGUGAACAGUAUCGCGACAAUGCUUAUUGGUAAUUGGAAAUAAUGGAUUUUUUUAUCAUACUUUUGCAGUGUCAUGCCCCUCCUCCCCGCAACAUUUUUUGCCAAUUUCAAUAGCCGUGUUACUGAGAAUUUGAAAUGCCUACUUGGGUAUGAUUGGGGAAAUAAAAACUACAAUCUAUUUUCUUUGGAUGACAGCCUCUGUUUUAGUAGCCUGCUUAGGUGAAAAGGAUAAAAUCCGCUGAUCAAAAUGAUUCAUUUCUUGUUCAGGAAAGCAGAUAUUCCGUGACGUGGAAUACAGUGGUACAUUCUUUGUGAACACAGAAUCUGACGACGACAUCAUAGGCAUUGUCUUUGGAUACCAAAGUCCGAAAAAAUUUUUUGUGGCCUCAUGGAAACAGAAGAGGCAAAUCUACUGGGACACUAGACCGAUAAGAGCGACGGCAGAGUCAGCAGUCAAUAUCAAGGCGAGUGACUGUGGUAUUCCUGUGGUUGUCCUAAAUUUAGAAUAUAAUGCGAAGAAAGGAAAGCCCUCGUCGAAAAGCCCUGUAUUGUAUAUCCAUCCCAUAUAAGUUAUUUGAUUACUGCAAUUGGUAAAAUUCUGAAAUCCUUUUAAUUUUUAGUUUUUUCUAAUUUUUAUGAUUUGUUUAUUUAUUUAUAUUCUAGAAAAUUAACUCUAUAAGUGGUCCGUCGCGCAUGCUGCGGAAUGUUCUUUGGCACACGGGAAACGUCUCACAUGAGGUUAGUUUUAACUGCUGUUUUAUUUGAGGGUUACGCACGUGAGUGUUUCAAGCUUAAACUUAGGUUUAUUUGGAAUUGUAGCACAGUGAUAUUAGUCGCUAAAUAAAUCUGAUAGAGAUUUACAUACUUAUUAUAAUCACACUUUUUACUCAUCCCGUUGAGAAUUUUCAGUGCCAUUUUUGGUGGGUAAUAUAUUGAAGGUUUUCAGAGAGCUUUCCUUUUCCUCUAACUGUUAUAAUUACUAUCAUAUCAGCAUCAGCAUCAUCAUCAUCAUCAUCAUCAUCAUCAUCAUCAUCAUUGUAGUCGCUAUCAUGAUCAUCACCAUGAUAAAUAUCUUUAUCAAUAUUAUAAUCGUUAUCAUUAUUCUAUCACUGUAAUGCAUUGAAAUGUUCAGAGCACCUUUAAAUACCAAACUUGCUCCCCCACUCACUCAUAAAACGACACUUGGUGUCACUCUUCCGGACAAAUUUUUAAGGUAAAGGCUGAUUCAUCUCAUAUUCUUCUCUUUUCUCAGGCGACUCUUCUCUGGAAAGAUCAACAGAAUGGUCACGGCUGGCAUGAUAAGACAGCUUACCGAUGGCAACUGGUUUAUAUGCCGUCGAAAAGUACCAUGAGGUAAAAACCAUUGGCCCUUCGUUGAUCUCCAGUUUCCCGAAACAAACAAGCGUUCCUAUCUUAGGAACUAAAUUUUAAAGUUUUUUUUUUUCACUCGUUUGCUCUUCAGGUUAAAAAUUUGGCGAAAGUACAACAAGCUAAUGAUGGAUAGCGGUGUGAUAAAAGAUCCUGAUAUUCGUGGAGGUAAACUCGGCGUGAUGUGCUUUUCACAAGAGAAAAUCAUCUGGUCUGCGAUAUCUACACGUUGUCUGGGUAAGAGAAAUCGGAAACUAUUAUGUUGA